AUGAAGUCAAUUUUCAAGAAUAUACCCAAAAAACUUAUGAAGAUUGGUGGAUUACGUGUCCUUGGCAGUAGUCAAGUCAUACGUGGGACUUGGGCUGCAAGUCGGGUGACCUCAAAUACACUUCGGGACUCUUCAUAUGUUCGGCUGGCACUCCUUCGCUCUAGCUACACUCCGGACGGUACCAUAGUCGACAAAGAGACGUGCUCCUAUGUGUGCCUACACCACAUCCUAGUCGCAGAAGUUAGCUCAAGCUCCUCGGAUGGAAUUCAUGAGGCCUCACGGGAACUUUUGGCCUAUGUCAGCGCCUGCAAUACACAAGGCGACGCGACGCAGGAAAGUGUAUGGUAUUCUGAACUCAGAGCACCAGAGUUUGUUCACAUUAACACAAUCCAAUGCGUUGUUGGUCGUAUCAAAGUUGGAAAACGAUGGGGUAUCAUUGACACGAGCCUUAACUGUGCCCGAACUACCUUCGUCGGACCUGAGGACAUUGAUCUAGAAGCUAAUGAUAGUUAA